UUCCCCACUUCUUGUCUCGGAGGGUUGUCUAUGUGAAAGAACUCGUGAGUUCCUUGACAAUCAGACCCUUUCAGUCUUCAGAAAUGAGCUUGAUGUUGUGGAUUUCCCUCAUUCUCACCUACUACCCUGUAGCAGUAAGUGUCCAUGGACUCCCCACAGACAUCUCUCAGAAAGGUUGCUUAUCCUUGUUGCCCCCGAGUGGGGUGAUCUGGACAGAGACAGGGAAAUCCGCCUCCAUCCGCUGCAACGUCGACUUACAAUGUAAAGAGGGGACCCCCGAUGUCCUGUGGUUUGUGUUUGACGCGAAGAGAAGCCAUCACGAGCUGAGAAUGUCUCCAGGGUCAAGCUAUACCCUCCAAGCGGAGAUCCUAACCAUUCACUCGCUCAGCCCAGAUGACAGUGGCUACUACCUCUGUGCAGUACGGAGCAAGUCGACCCCCUUACAGGUGGUGAUGGGUACAGUCACUAUUCUCGUCGUGAGAGGGAAGGUCAUGCACAAAGUCUGGCAUAGCCUGCUGUGGCUGCUCUUCACCCUUUUGGCCAUUUACAACCUUAUAUUAAUAAUCCUGAUUUUCCGCAAGAAGGCAGGUCCUCACCGGAAUUCUUCUAUAGGAAAGUGUGAGUCGCCUAAAAAGAGUUCCUCAACAACAAGAGUGCAGUUCCGGAGUGUGGUGGAAGAGUUGUACAACAGGAGGAACUUGCACGGCAAAGGUUCAGAUGACGGUAGCGGAGAAGAGCCGCCAGGCAAGGUCACUUGGGUCUAUGCAGAUUCUCACCUUGCCAAUUUUUACUACGGCGACCAUGGAACUCACCCACUCAGUAGGCUGCUCAACUUUGGCAUCCAAUGAUGACAUCUAUCAAAAUGUCUAAGCACCGUUCCCGACCGACCCGAGGAAAUGAAAUACGCAUCAAGGUGACACCAAAACCCCAAACAAGUUACGCAUUGGUGUUUUCUAUCGAAAUAAAUGAAAGAAAAUUUGGA